GAUCAUUCAAUUACAAAAGCUUUUUGGAAUCUCUUUCGGUACCAAACAAGGAAAAGCAGUCUCAAAACUCGACAUAUCGAGCCCAUUUUCUGCGCGAAAGCAAUCGUUGAACGGCUAGAACAUAUAUUACCGGCAGCUCUGUUGUGCAGUGUAGCGCUCGUUCGGCUGAAAACACAAUUUUCUGACUCGCUGCGCCCCACGGUAAAACAUUCACCAUAGGGUUAUCCGAGACAGCCGUGAUGGAUAUAAUGGCCUCGAACCUGCAGCAGCAGCGAGCAAUCACCGAGCAGCUGCGCCGCGAAGCAGCGAUCCAACGCAUCACGGUGUCGCAGGCGGUGGCCGACAUCGUGAAGUACGUCACGGAGCACGAAGCGGAGGACUGCUUGCUGGUUGGGUUCUCCAGCCAGAAGGUGAACCCGUUCCGCGAGAAGAGCUCCUGCAGCAUCCUCUAAAAUGGCUCCGCUGACCCGCGGUCGGCAGGCAAGUCGCAGCGUUCAUCGUUUCCGCAGUGCACAUCCGGAAUUGUAGUGCCCCCGCUAGUAGGAUGGCAAUUAAUCAUCCACCCCACACCCAGCGGAUGGUGGAGCUUCCGGAAUGAUGACGUCACCCAUCGUAGCGAGUAUUCAUUCAGCGAAAUCAUUAAUGUGUUAAGUGUCUAUGGAAUUGAAAUAGCGAACCGGGCGUAGCUAAGGAAACAGUAGAGGAAAGGACUACACCCAUUACACCACUAACUAACGUAGUAGACGAGGCCAACCAACUGAAUGCCAAAUUUGAAAGGCGACGCCGCCGUUCCAACUGUUCUUCCGCCGUAGGAUUCAUCCUACCACAAAUCCGGACUUACUAUACUCACGUACACAUACACGCAGGGCGCACGGUAGAAAGGGUACAUUUUUUGAUAGAAAUUUUACUCCCUCGCUCAACGAGACGUCCUCGAAUUUUUGCUUCGCCUGUGUGGACCCGCGACAGGAUAGCAAUACAUUUAUACGAUUGAGGGAAUAGCACGCUCACGGCGAGGAUAGGGGUUUCUGUCACCUUUUUCAGCUGUGUGCAAAAGAAUCUUACCAACAAAGGGACGGGAGAGCUACAGCAACCCCAAAUUGGACGAGAACCAUAUUUAGCCAUCUAACAAAUCCAAAUCAAUCAGCCAACCAACCGGACAAACAGAAACCAGGACAAAUAAGCGUAACUGUUGCUACUCUCGAUCCGCGCCAGGGGGUCAGGCCACACAACUAGGCUAGCUAGCUCUCUGACUAAUCAAUGUGUUGUAGCGAGUAUUUUAGGCAACGCAAAAGGAAGCGGGAGCGGAAACAGAACACUCUAUAUCAAUGUUACUAACGUGUAUACUACCUAUAUUUACUAAACCGCGCGUUUUGGGACCGGCAGAAGGGCGACUGGCAGACCGGGAGAGCGGUACGGACGAAAUGUGUAUUAUCCACGCCCGGCCGGGCCACCCUUCCUUUCCCAACGCAGGAACAAUAAUGUGCGCCCGAAAGCAACAGCUAAGUAAAAUAAACAGUGGAACUAUU